AUGUAAAAACUGGUAUAAAAAAACUCGCUUUUUAAAAAUUUUUACAAUUAAAUUAGUGAUGGAGAUGCAUCAGGCUUAGGUUCUGGUUUAGCAAAUUGCAUUAAUCUCUCUAAUUUGACACUUUAUCUUCGUUACAAUUAAAUUGGUGCAGUGGGUGCAUCAGGCUUAGGUUCUGGUUUAGCAAAUUGCAUUAAUCUCUCAAAUUUGACACUUUAUCUUGGUUCUAAUAAAAUUGAUGAUGAAGGUGCAUCAGGCUUAGGUUCUGGUUUAGCAAAUUGCAUUAAUCUCUCAAAUUUGACACUUGGUCUUAGUUACAAUUAAAUUGGUGCAAUGGGUGCAUCAGGCUUAGGUUCUGCUUUAGCAAACAGCAUUAAUCUCUCAAAUUUAACACUUGAUCUUAGUGACAAUUAAAUUGGUGAAAUAGGUGCAUCAGGCUUAGGUUCUGGUUUAGCAAAUUGCAUUAAUCUCUCAAAUUUGACACUUGAUCUUAGUUCUAAUAAAAUUGGUGAUGAAGGUUCAUCAGGCUUAGGUUAUGGUUUAGCAAAUUGCAUUAAUCUCUCAAAUUUGAUACUUGAUCUUAGUUACAAUUAAAUUGGUGGAAUAGGUGCAUCAGGCUUAGGUUAUGGUUUAGCAAAUUGCAUUAAUCUCUCAAAUUUGACACUUGAUCUUAGGUCUAAUAAAAUUGGUGAUGAAGGUGUAUCAGGCUUAGGUUCUGCUUUAUCAAAUUGCAUUAAUCUCUCAAAUUUGACACUUGAUCUUAGAAAUUUGGUGAUAAACAAGUGA